UUAAUAUUGCAAAGACCAAUGUUGAAAUUUUACAACUCCAACCUAGAAUUUGUGAUCAUAAAGCAUUCUAUCGAUUUGUGGAAGUAUUAAAGAAAAUGAAAGAUUUCAUGAAUGACAUUUCAAACUUGUCAGGCUGGAAGAAAUAUAUAUUGGCAAAUUCAGUUUAUGAAACUUUUACACAAUUGAUUUCCGAAUUCGACAAAAGCAUGGAUAAUUUACAUUUUAUGAUAACUAUUUCUAAUGAAUAA